AUGCAGUUCCAGCUCUUUACCCUCGCCGCCGCCGCCCUUCUCUCGGGCGUGGCCGUAGCUCACCCGGGACACCACGACGCCCCGAGUCACGCGGAGAUCGCCCGCCGCUCGAACCUCGCGAAGCGCUGCUCCGUCCAGGCCGGCCAGUUCGCCGAGGUUCGCAAGAAGCGCGCCGCCGAGAGGCGCUCACUCGUCAGCCGCUCGCUCCCUCCCGUCCGGCGCGACACGAACGUCACCAUACACACCGAGGGCCCUCACUACAGCACCAUCCAGAACGACACGUGCGUCCUGACCCCCGAGGUCACCAAGGGCCCCUACGUCUGGCCGCGCUCGCAGACGCUACGCCAGGACAUGAGCGAGGACCAGGUCGGCGUCCCGCUGUACCUGGACAUUGGCGUCCUCAACGUCAACACGUGCGAGGUUAUGCCUGACGUCCUGGUCGACCUGUGGCACUGCAAUGCCACCGGAUCCUACAGCUCCUUCACGCACCACAACCCCGACACCCCCUUCGAGGAGCUCCUCGAACAGCUCAACGUUACCAUUGGCCCGGACCUGGACCUCCACACCGACGACACCACCUGGCUGCGCGGCAUCUGGCCCACGGACGCCAACGGCAUCAUGGAGAUGAAGACCGUCUUCCCCGGCUUCUACGUCGAGCGCACCAUCCACAUCCACGCACAGGUCCACACCGACUGGUCCGUCCGCAGCAACGGCACCGUCGUCGCCUCCAACGUCGUCAGCACCGGCCAGCUCUUCUUCGACGAGGACCUCAGCCGGCAGAUCAUGGCGCUCGAGCCCUACGUCGGCCACACCGAGAUCAACCGCACCACCAACGAUGUCGACACCAUCUUCGCCGACGAGUCCGCGGGCAACUGGAACCCCAACAUGGUCGUCGAGCCCCUCGACGGCGAGGACGUCACCAAGGGGAUGCUGGCUUACAUCACCAUUGGCGUUGAGGCGUAG